CGCAGAUGAAAGUUGUGUUUUUGUAUAAUUAUUAAUAUGUGAAUCGUUGUUGUAUGUGGCUGUUCAAAACCGUAGUCACAUCUAAGUCUGCUACAAUGGCUACUCAAGAGCUUAAGAAGUUACGUACAGCGCGAGGCUAUACAAAAGCUUCCAUUACUCGCCUGUAUACAUUUUGUAAUAUUGACAGUGAUGUAGCUAGCAGUGCUUUAUCGGCGCUCGAUGCCAAAAGAGCGAGGGUGACGGAGCUCUUCAAAGAGUAUGAUAAAUGUAACAAAGAUAUUCUGUCUUUGGACGAAGAGGAUGCAGAGGAUGUCGAAGACUUUGAAGAAAAAUAUUAUCAUAUACUGACAGUCCUCAACGAGGCAAUUAAUCGUAUAUCCUCGCCCUCGUCUGAAUCUCCUGCCACCGCAUCAUGUCAAAAUAACUUUAAGGCUAAGUUGCCUACUAUAAAGAUAGAUGUGUUUACGGAUUCGUACACGUCACGGGCGUACCAGUUGGAGCGAGAUGACACCAAGGACCCAACUAUCACCGAGUUCCUCUUGUACCUGGAGAAGCGAGCUUUGGCACUGGAGAAUGCUGAGCCGUCCACGUCGGGGAAGUCUCAACACAAGGCUGUGGUAAAUGUGACAGCGACCGCCUCGACUGCCUGCAACUAUUGUCCUGCUUCUGGAGCCGGUCCCUGGGCAGCAGCAGGAGUCAGAUGAAGACCCAGCGAGUC